AUGGGCACCGGAGGCUCUGGAAAAACGACUUUUUUGAGGCAAAUCAAGUGAGUUUUCGCGCUUUUCCUGUUGAAAACUGGAGAAAAACUGAUUUGUUUGCAGAAUUCAGACCGAAGGGUACAAAAUUGCUGAGAGGUUGGUCAUGAAAAGCGUUAUAACCAGCAAUAUUGUUCGAGGAAUGGUUGCACUGUUGAGGGCGAUGAAAAAAUUGGAUCUCGAAUUUGAAAACAACGCCAGACAGGUUUGUGUGGAAAGUGGAUAGAAUCUGAGGAAGAAGAGAAGAGUCUGUAGAAUACAUUAGCAUCAAUUAUCGGAUUUUUUCAAGUUUUCGAAGUAAAUAAUGCUUUCUCCAUGACGUUUAAAUUUGAUUAUUACGCUCACUUUGGUAUUUUUGUGCUGAACUGAAGUUGUGUUGAAGAACUAGCUUAACUUUUCUAAAAUGAAUAAAAAUGAUUAUUUCUUCGAUUAUUUUUUUUACCUUCUUAAUAUGUCUUGUUUUUACAGGCGGACGCCGUCAUUGUUGAAGAAUUGGGUCUCGGUGUGGAGCAUGAUCAAAUUCCGGUCGACACUAUAAAAAAUCUGUGGGCAGACGCUGCCAUUCAGACGGCAUUUGCACAGAGGGAACAGUUUCACAUAAACGAAUCAUUUGCCUAGUGCGUCUUUUUCUCUCUUCUCCCUCCGAAUUGUUGAUUUUUUAUCAGCUUUAUGGAUAGUCUGGAUCGGGUAUAUGAAGCUGAAUACAUACCGAUCGACGAGGAUCUGCUUCGAGCACGCGCGCCCACGACUGGAAUAGUUGAGGUGAACAUGACGAUCAGGGGGUUCGACUUCAAGUACGCACACUUGGGUCUCGCCACGAAAUGUUCAUAUCAUUUUUUAAGAAUUUUCGACGUGGGCGGACAACGAUCGGAACGUCGGAAAUGGCUUGACAAAUUUGAUGACAUGGAUGCGACAAUAUUCGUAACGGCUGUCAGUGAGUACGAUCAGAAUUUGGAGGAAGAUGAAACAGUUGUAGGGCAUUCGUUUCAACCCAUCGCCACACAUAUUGUUUGCUUUCCAGAACCGAAUUCAUGAAUCGAUGAACUUGUUCGGCAACAUUGUCAACUCGCCAUUUUUCAAGCUCACCCCAAUGAUUAUAUUCUUUAACAAACGCGAUUUGUUUGAGGAGAAAGUGAAAACCACUUGCAUUCGGAUCGCUUUUUCUGAUUAUACGGGUGCGAAAAAUGGGAAUAUCGAUUGAAAGCGCUAAUUUUUUUUUUGCAGGAAUAAAAGAUGACUAUAUGAAUAGUAUGGAUUUCAUUAUGCGCUCGUUUGUAGAACUGUAUAAAGGGCCAGAUGUGUAUGCGAAAAGAAAGGCAAUUUACAAGCACGAGACGUGCGUCACGGACCCGAUUCUGUCCGCCCGACUCUUCGCAUUUGUCACUGAUAUUGUCGUUCGGUCGAAUUUGAGACAAGCCGGCGUCGUAUAA